GGGGAUUCGCGCAGGUCGGGGCGCCGCUGCCCUGCUCCGCGCCGCUAUGAGCAGCUCGCGCAACAACCGCGUGAUGGUGGAGGGGGUGGGGGCGCGCGUGGUGCGGGGCCCCGACUGGAAGUGGGGGAAGCAGGACGGCGGCGAGGGCCACGCGGGUACCGUGCGCAGCUUCGAGAGCCCCGAGGAGGUGGUGGUGGUGUGGGACAACGGCACGGCCGCCAACUACCGCUGCUCCGGGGCCUACGACCUGCGCGUCCUCGACAGCGCGCCCACCGGAAUCAAGCACGAUGGAACUAUGUGUGAUACUUGUCGCCAACAACCAAUCAUUGGGAUUCGAUGGAAAUGUGCAGAAUGUACAAAUUAUGACUUGUGCACAGUCUGUUAUCAUGGGGACAAACAUCACUUGAGACAUCGUUUUUACAGAAUAACCACACCAGGAAGUGAAAGGGUACUGUUAGAGUCUCGUCGUAAAUCAAAAAAAAUCACAGCAAGAGGAAUCUUUGCAGGUGCCAGGGUUGUACGUGGAGUUGAUUGGCAGUGGGAAGAUCAAGAUGGUGGCAAUGGACGUAGGGGGAAGGUAACUGAAAUUCAGGACUGGAGUGCAUCAAGCCCACACAGUGCAGCAUAUGUUCUUUGGGACAAUGGAGCUAAAAACCUUUACAGGGUUGGCUUUGAGGGCAUGUCUGAUCUGAAAUGUGUCCAAGAUGCCAAGGGAGGCUCUUUCUACAGGGACCACUGCCCUGUGUUAGGUGAGCAAAAUGGUAACCGGAAUCCUGGUGGGUUGCAGAUUGGCGAUCUAGUUAACAUUGACCUUGAUUUAGAAAUUGUACAGUCUUUGCAACAUGGUCAUGGGGGAUGGACCGAUGGCAUGUUUGAGACCUUAACCACCACUGGCACAGUUUGUGGCAUUGAUGAGGAUCAUGACAUUGUAGUACAGUAUCCAAGUGGCAACAGAUGGACAUUUAAUCCAGCUGUUCUCACUAAAGCCAAUGUUGUCCGGAGUGGAGAUGCUGCUCAAGGUGCAGAGGGAGGUACCUCACAGUUUCAAGUGGGUGAUCUUGUUCAAGUUUGUUAUGAUUUAGAAAGAAUCAAGCUGCUUCAAAGAGGUCAUGGAGAAUGGGCUGAAGCAAUGCUUCCUACUUUGGGCAAAGUUGGUCGGGUUCAGCAGAUUUAUUCAGACAGUGACUUAAAGGUAGAAGUUUGUGGGACAUCUUGGACGUACAAUCCAGCAGCUGUCUCCAAAGUGGCAUCAGCGGGGUCUGCAAUAAGCAAUGCAUCUGGUGAAAGAUUAUCCCAGCUGUUGAAGAAGCUGUUUGAAACGCAAGAAUCUGGAGAUCUCAAUGAAGAAUUGGUUAAAGCUGCUGCUAAUGGAGAUGUAGCAAAAGUGGAAGAUCUGCUAAAGAGACCGGAUGUGGAUGUGAAUGGACAGUGUGCUGGACACACAGCUAUGCAAGCAGCUAGUCAAAAUGGACAUGUCGACAUUUUAAAAUUGCUUCUGAAACAGAAUGUAGAUGUGGAAGCAGAGGACAAAGAUGGAGACAGAGCUGUUCACCAUGCAGCAUUUGGAGAUGAAGGUGCUGUGAUUGAGGUUUUACACAGAGGCAGUGCAGAUCUGAAUGCUCGAAACAAGCGCAGACAGACUCCGCUUCACAUUGCUGUUAAUAAAGGUCAUCUGCAAGUUGUGAAGACUUUACUGGACUUUGGCUGCCACCCUAGUCUACAGGAUUCUGAAGGGGAUACUCCACUCCAUGAUGCCAUAAGUAAAAAGCGUGAUGACAUCCUGGCUGUACUGUUGGAGGCUGGGGCAGAUGUAACUAUUACAAACAACAAUGGAUUUAAUGCUCUCCAUCAUGCUGCGCUAAGGGGAAAUCCCAGUGCAAUGCGUGUGUUGCUGUCCAAAUUGCCACGACCAUGGAUUGUAGAUGAAAAGAAAGAUGAUGGUUACACUGCCUUACAUCUGGCAGCACUAAAUAAUCAUGUAGAAGUGGCUGAACUUUUGGUGCAUCAGGGCAAUGCUAAUCUGGAUAUCCAGAAUGUGAACCAGCAAACUGCACUGCAUCUUGCCGUUGAACGACAGCAUACACAAAUAGUUAGGCUUUUAGUCCGUGCAGGUGCUAAACUGGAUAUUCAGGAUAAAGAUGGGGAUACUCCCCUGCAUGAAGCCCUGAGACACCAUACUCUGUCACAGCUUCGCCAGCUCCAAGACAUGCAAGAUGUGGGCAAGGUAGAUACUGCUUGGGAGCCAUCAAAGAACACAUUAAUAAUGGGACUUGGCACACAGGGAGCAGAGAAGAAGAGCGCAGCGUCUAUUGCCUGCUUCCUGGCAGCCAAUGGAGCUGAUCUCAGUAUUCGUAACAAGAAGGGACAGUCUCCUCUUGACCUCUGUCCUGAUCCUAGCCUCUGCAAAGCACUGGCUAAAUGUCACAAAGAAAAAGUCAGUGGUCAGGUUGGCUCCCGAAGUCCUUCUAUGAUCAGCAAUGACUCAGAAACGUUAGAAGAAUGUAUGGUAUGUUCAGAUAUGAAGAGAGACACUUUAUUUGGCCCAUGUGGACAUAUUGCCACCUGUUCUCUGUGUUCCCCAAGGGUCAAGAAAUGCCUCAUCUGUAAAGAACAAGUUCAGUCCAGAACAAAGAUUGAAGAAUGUGUAGUCUGUUCAGACAAAAAGGCAGCAGUACUCUUCCAACCUUGUGGUCACAUGUGUGCUUGUGAGAACUGUGCAAGCCUGAUGAAGAAGUGUGUUCAGUGUCGUGCUGUGGUUGAGAGGAGAGUGCCUUUCAUUAUGUGCUGCGGUGGGAAAGGUACAGAAGAUACCACUGAUGAUAUUUCGAGUGGAAACAUUCCAGUUUUACAGAAAGACAAGGACAACACUAAUGUUAAUGCAGAUGUACAGAAGCUUCAACAACAGUUACAAGAUAUCAAAGAACAGGGUCAGCAGCUGCAGCUCCUACAGCUUAAGAGUUGCAAGCACUGACACCCAGUACCCUGGUGCACAUGAGUAAUGGAAGAAGAGGACAGAGGAAGAGCUGGGAAGAGAUUUGGUGGAUUUCUCUAAAAGGUCUAGAUGGAACAGUUCAAGGACCAUUGUGUGGAGAUUUUGCAGCAGGACAUGAGCCAGGCAAGAACAGUGAUGCAGAACCUGGUCAAGAGGGCUCUGGAGUGACCAAGGAAGCAGUGACUGUGGUAAAAGAGACAUUGGAGUUUCUCUGGGGAAGCCUCUAAUUUGAGCUGUAAAUGAAGUGCUUGAUACUGGACUGCAUAACCUGCCAGAUGAGGAAGUUCCACUGUAGCUCCUUUGCUAUGAAUGUCUUCAGCAGCUGCUUUUAAUGUAGGGGUCCAGUUACUCAACAUGCUGCAGCACCUGGUGAAAACAGAUUUCUAGGGUUAAUAACAUGGACAGCAGAACCCUAGGCUGCUUUUCCCCUACCAGAGACAGGGAAAACAGCUUCUUUCCCUCCUUCGUGCCAACCUGAUGCCUCUCACUCAAGUCCAUAGGGCCCUGGACCUUGCAAGGGGCAGGGGGGAGUCUUUUUUCUGAGGCUGAGGAUUUCCUCCUGCUGGAUUUAAAGUUCCUGUGCUGUUCAUAAAGUUAAGCAGUUUUCUGUCUUGCACUCUGCCCUAAUUCCAGUCUUUUGAAGACUCUAUGAUUUCAGUGCAUUUUGUUGUUCACGGUGUGGCUAGGUUUUUGUUUUUGCUAGAUAUAAGACCUUUUGCUUGUUAAAAGAGCUUUAUUAAUCACCAAGCACAUACUUAUAUUUUGGCACAAGUCCAGUAUAAAAGAAUCACAGCAGUUCCACAGGAUGGUAGUUACAUAGCAGAUGUCCAGAUCGAAUGAGUAGACCAGUAGGGCUGGACAUGUACAGUGUGGCACUGGCAUGGUUCAGGUUCCCACUGUGGGCCACAAUACUCAGCAGCAUGAUGCAGAAAAGCACUGAUGUAUCCUGGAAGGUAAGAGAAACAAUUGCACUGUGCUUCCCACUAAUCACCCCCACCUAACUAGGGGGAAGGGUUGAAAGUGUCAGGAGGAAAGACUCAAAACCCUUCUUUAUGGCUGUGUACUCCUUACACACAGUGUUUCAGCAGCAGUUGCUCAUACCACAAUGGCUCAGUAACAGUCAAAUAUUACUACCCUCCAAGUCACUAUUGCUGUUCACUUCUUCACAGUUAGAGAUUUUAAUGUUGGUGAUCUGCUUCAGCAGCUGUUGGGCUAGCUUGGCACAGAUUUCAAGGAAAGUGCCCUUCCUCUUCCUGAAUUUCUUAUACUUUUGCUGAUGUCUCCCUUCUCCCAUCAGUCUAUACUUUUUUUCAGUAAUCAGCAGUCUGUGGCUGGUUCUAGAACAAGCCAUCCUCAUUUGUAGCCAUUUUCAGUAGAACGUGUUAGGAAGGAAUGUGCCAUAGUUUCAUAGAUUUCAUAGACAUUAGGGCUGGAAGGGACCUCGCGAGAUUGUUGGGUGCAGGCCCCUGCCCA